GGUAGUCUAUGUCCGCUAUCUUUACAUCAGUCAUCGUCCCCGUCUCCGUACAGCAGUCGGCACAUUUGAUUGCAGUAAUCAAAAUGCCCUUCAUAGACGUGCAGAGUAAUUUGCCGACCAGCUCUUUCUCUGAGGACUUCGUGAAGAAGCUAAGCGCCUGCGCCGCGGCUGCUCUGGGAAAACCAGAGGACAGGAUGAACGUGGUGGUGAAGCCCGGGUUGCCAAUGCUGAUAGCUGGCUCUUGCUCUCCGUGUGUGAUGUUGUCAGUGUCUGCUAUCGGUGUGACUGACACCGCUGACAAGAACAAGGAGCACAGUGCCAGGAUCUUUGAAUUUCUGACCAGAGAACUCAGUCUGACUGAAGACAGGAUUGUUAUUCAGUUCCAUGCACUGCAGCCUCACCAGGUCGGGAAGAAGGGAACCGUCAUGAGCUUCUUGUAAAGGACAUUGCUGUUUCUGACACAUCUCACAAUCUCAUUCCUAAAAGAAAAGGAACCAGGAGAAGAAUAAGAUUAUAUCAGUAUUAAACGUGCACUGAUGUAAAGAUUUUCACUUUCAUCUCACUUAUAUUUGUGUCAACACCAAGUAUACUGCCUGAAUUAUGUAAAGUCAUUUGCAGUUCAGUUCAGACCUCUGUCAAGAUAUAUUUUCACUAAAGAAUGAGGAUGAGAUUAACUGGAAUCUUUGUUCCCUUUGUGAAUGCAAUAUAUGUGCUGAAUUAGAGUGUGUGAUUUAUUUUGAAUGAGAUCAGAUAUAUCAGCUCUGUGGUGGCAGACGUACUCAGAUCUUUUACUGAAAUAAUAUAAAGUCACUGUUAGAAAGCCAGUGACACCUGCUGGACACACACAAGUAACACAUCCGGAGUGUCUGCUGCUGGGGUUGUUCUUUAACAUUUUUAAACAAGUUCUCAUUAACUUCAGUUGUUUAGGAAAAUGCUGCAACUUUGUUGUGCGGUGAAAAUCCAGCAAUGUUUUGUGGACUUAGAAACUAAAUCUGACUUUCCAUUGGUAUAGGAGUGAGUAGACAAAAUCUUUAAUUUUGAGACACAAUGUCAAUUCACUAUGGCUGUCCAGGCUUUGGUGUGAAUGCUGAGGACACCUGAAGGACAGAAUGGCUACAAGAUAAGCUGAUGCAAAUAUAGACAGAAGAACUAAAUUCAAGGAAAGAUCAAGGUCAGUUUUGCUCAAGGUUCAGGAAAAGCAACAUUCAUUUCAGCCUAGAAGUUCCCAGGGAUGGCCAAAACUAAAACUCUAUUGUGCUCAAUGGAAUAACAAAGAUCAGUGAAUAAACUCCUGUAAAGUCUUUUAAAACUGAAUACCAGCCAGAUUGUAAAAUGGGUUAAAAAUAGUAAGAGACCCAUCAAGUUGCUCAAAGAGAGUCAUGUUUAAGAUAAUUAAAGUUGUUAUCCACAAUUCAGGUUCAUAGCAUGGAGGCAUACAGAGGUCAACAUUAUUACCCCCCCCCCCCUUAUAAAAUCCAACAAAACCAUUUACUUUCCCAUGGAAAUGGUCAUAGCCAAAAGUGUUUAUAUUGUGUUUAUGUUUGCUUCCAAUAGAAAAAAGACAUCAUCUUUACUGCGCUUGAUUAAAAUAUUUUACUGAUAUGCUGAACUGAAACAAAAAAAAAAAACACAAAAA